AUGGAUAUUCAAAAACAGAUUCUCUUCACCCCAGAACCACAUUAUAUACCUGGAUAUACUGGAUAUGCCCACACAAUCCCAUUCCGUUUCGGUAAGACUUACGGGAGGAUAACCCAUGAUAUCCUGAAGAAUCCGAAAACUGCUCGAGCUGACCACACACUCCUGUCACCUACCACUGGGGGUCCUGACUAUCAGCCAGAAUACAGCAAUCACUGUCCCCCCGAUGUGUCAGACCAGAUCCACCCACAGAAACUUGUUCCAGGUUACACUGGCUACAUUCCUCAAAAGGUGUUCAACUAUGGUGGAAACUACUACAAGGAGACCCUCCAGGCUGGACUGGACUUACGGAGAAAGCAAAUGGAAUAUGCACAGAAAAUUAAAGAGCCCAUGCUUAUCACUUACGUGGAUGGGAGGAGAAAGCUGGCAGUACUUGGUGAGAACAGGCCACUGAAACCUUUGGCUCCAAACGUGGAUCCACUAGUCUGGACUCAUUUGUACAAGCACAAGCAUGAGUUCACCACCCAACCUCCUGAACUCCAGCGAAGAAAUAUCUCAGGUUACACGGGAUUUAUUCCACGCAUGGGUUAUGAGUUUGGACAUACUUAUAAAGAUCAGGCGAAGACUGCCAUGGACAAGUUUCAACGUAAACAGUAUUUAGUGAGAAACAAACUGAAAGGUUGCCCAGAGGAGCUUCCACAGCCUGAAAGUAAACUUUACCUCUCCACCCCAAUGGUUCCAAAAUAUGGUGGUCAUGUGCCAGGGGCGAACUUUGACAUCGGAUCAACAUUUGGCAAGAAUUCUAGAAUUGCUCAUAGACAAAUUCACUGUCUGUAA